UUCAAGCCAUUUGAAAGGAAAAGAAACAACGUUCCAAUGUAUAAUAAUAGUGCACAAUGUGCAUCUAAAAAUAGUAGUUUUAUUGUUAGCAGGCUGGUUUUUAGCGCAUGUGUAAAACAAUACGAAAAUUCUAGGAGGUUAUAGCAAAUUCGUGAUUAUCGCACGUGGACGUGUAGAUUCAUUUAACCUCUUGUAGUUUAGCGCAUACUUCUCAUUUGUUACAUUAACUCAAGUGAAUUGAUCCAUUUGAUCUAGUUGCCUUAAUAAUUAUUGAAUUAAUAUCACAAGAUGGGCAAGCAGAAACGACAGCGGAAAAGGCCUCACAAGCAAGGUCCCAGUGGAUUAAUGUCUGUUAAGGAUUUCGAUAAAAUUGAGGAUAGUACAAGCAUAGAUAGAAUAAGAGCUUUGCAGAAUGCUUAUGAAGAUGUACAAUCGCACGAUUCUGAAAUAAAAUUGUUAGCUUUGCAAAUAUUGGAGACAAUGGCCUGGGAUGUCUCUAUGGCGGAGAAUAUUGCUAAGGAUGGAAUAGCGAAGAUGGUUGGACCAUUACUGCUUGAUCAUAAUAUUAUGAUACAAGCAGCUGCUAUAAGUACUUUAAGGCAAAUUGCUGAUAAAGGUGGAGCAAAAGCACAUGCUAGUUUAAUGAACGAUGAUAUUAUGACUCCAGUGAUUGCAUUGUUAAAACAACACUAUUCAAAUUGGUCAUUUAAAAGUGAUUAUAAAUAUGCAUUAAAUGAGAAGGAGAUUUAUAUUCAGAGUGUUGCCUUAUUAUGGACAUUAUGCGAGAGUAAUGAUAAUGCAAUUAAAUAUGUCAAUGAUCAGAAUCUGGUGCCACUUUUAACAAGAUAUUUAAAUAUGAAUAUCUAUGAUAUACAGAUUAUUGUGAUUACCAUGCAAUGUCUGAUAACUGUGGUAGAAGAUAAUGCUGAUGCUGUUACAGUGGUUAGAGCAAGUGAAGAUGUUUUAUACGAUAUAGCGAUUAAAAUGAGUACAGAGGAUGCCAAAUCUAACCCUGAAGUAUGGUUUCUAAGAACCUCUUCAAUUACAUUAUUAAGCAGUAUAUGUAGCUGGGAUGACUUAUGCAAGCCGACAUAUUUUAAUAUUUUUAUCAAAACACUCGAUGAAGUACUUAGCAUUGAUAGUAAACAACUGCUGUCUAGUUUAGUAUCAAUUGUACCGCACGAAAAAACCACUUCGAACGAAAAAAGGAAAAAGAUAGCAGAAAAUAAAAUGUUGGUGAAUACGCAGAACUUGGCCUUAGAGACUUUGGCGAACUUUUGCUCCGAUAACGACGAGGAUAAUGGAAGCACAAAUAGUGAUGAUUCCAAAAUAAUGGACAUGGAUUCUGAGGCAAUGGAUAUCGACGAUGAGCAUCUAAAAAGUUCAUUACCCAUACAGUUUGUGGAAGCCGUGAACCAUUGCAACUUGCUCGAUAAAGUUUGGGAGAAAACCGUCGCGGUGGAGGCAGACAGCAAGGAUAUACUGAACCAAAACGAGGAAGGGAAGGAUGUGCUGAAACAGUUUUACAUUCUUCGAUGCAGAGCGUACAUGUGCUUGAAUAAUUUGCUACCUAAUUUUGAUAUCGAUGCUUUAGGAGGCGUAGAUAAAUUUUACAGCAAAUGGUUAGAAGUAUUGAAGAUCGUGGUCGAAAAUAUCAAUCUGUAUACAGGGUAUACAGAGCUCCUUGAUGCAGCUGCUUGUGCUUUGAGGACUAUUACCGAGCGAUUAAACUGUGUACAGACCGAUGUUUUUACACGGCUAAACGAAACCGAUUUUCCGAAAAUAAUUGGCGAUGAAAUUCAGUUGCAAUGUAUCAAUCCAAAUACCCGCGUCAAUAUGAUGAGGAUUUUCGGCCUUUUGACGUUGAACAUGACAAGGCAUAUGAAUGCACAAAACUAUACAAUAGCAAAGAAUUGUUCCGAGGUUAUACUGAACACUUGCAUGACAGAACCGAAAGCUUGGGUAAUGGCGGAAUCCAUAGACGCGUUAAUGGACAUAUUCGCAGAGGAUGACACCGAUCAAUUAGCAGUUGAUGUUAAUUUGAUACAAAAGUUAAAAAUUUUAUUCCCGAUCUUCAGGAAUAAGGUGCAGCAGCAGAAGAACAAGUUGCGGGAUAGGAUGGCCGUGGUGUCGACCGUAAAAGCAAAUAUACAGAGAUUUAUAAAAUAUAAGGAGAAACAAGUGAAAAAUCUUCUUUUACUUAAAAAAAGAAAUACUAUUAGGCAUACUUGAAUCGCGUCAUCGAGGCUCACGUUUCGAAUUUUCGAGGAAAUCACGAAUCGAGACAUUGUAUAGCAAAUAACGUAUGAAAUUUUUCAAGGAUGGAAGAUGCAAUAACGCUCGAUUCCAUUAUGAACUUUCGUAUUUCUAUAGAUUCGAGUCUAAAAAAUAAAUUUAUUUCUCAAGCUGUUUAA